AAAACACCAACGAACGACAACGAGAAAAUUUAAACAUGGGUCGUGAUCGUGGUAAAAAACAAAAUCCCUUUGCUGCCAAAAAACGCAACAAGAGGCAAAUGGCCGACAAACCUGACAAACGUUCGGAGCCCUACAAAGAAAUCGUACGUGAAAAUGAAUCUUUUGAUAAAUAUUAUAAGGUACAAAAAAUAUGCAAAGACGAAGUCGAAUGGUCAAAGUUCCUUGCUGCCAUCAAAGACAAUCUACCAACCACAUUUCGUGUGACUGGUUUUAAAGAUGAAGCAAAAGCUCUUCUAGAAUUAAUUAAGACCAAGUUGUUUGAGUCUUACGUCGAAGGCGUUUCCGAAUUGCAUCAGAUUCCAAAGGAAAAAGUUGAACGCCCACUUUGUCUUCCUUGGUACCCCGAAGGAUUAGCCUGGCAAUUGCAUCUCACUCGUAAAGACAUUCGUCGUUCGGAGCACUUGUUUCGUUUGCAUAAUUUUCUGAUUGUUGAGACAAGUGCUGGAAGCAUAAGUCGGCAAGAAGCCGUCUCCAUGAUUCCGCCACUAGUUCUCGAUGUCAAACCAACCGAUAAGGUUCUUGACAUGUGUGCGGCACCAGGUUCGAAGACUGCUCAGCUAAUUGAAGCCUUACAUGCCGAGUCGGACAAUAAAAUCCCACCUGGCUUUGUGGUAGCCAAUGAUGUUGAUAACAAUCGCUGCUACAUGUUGGUACAUCAGGCAAAGAGAUUGAAUUCUCCGUGUUUUGUCGUAACCAAUCAUGACAGUAGCCAUUUCCCUAACUUGCUUAAAACAAAUCCAGAUGGUAGCCAGUCGGUAUUGAAAUUCGACAAAAUUCUCUGUGAUGUCCCUUGCUCUGGCGAUGGAACAAUGCGAAAAAAUCCAGAUAUUUGGACAAAAUGGAACUCAGCCCAAGGAACUAAUUUACAUGGCAUCCAAUACCGAAUUACUCGCCGUGGAGCUGAAAUGUUGGAAGUUGGUGGUCGUUUAGUAUAUUCCACUUGUUCAAUGAAUCCUAUUGAAAACGAAGCCGUAUUACAACGUAUUAUUCAAGAUUCGGAUGGAGCUUUGGAGAUUGUUGAUGGUUCCAGUUUAGUGCCGGGACUUAAGUUCAAUCCAGGCAUGACUGAUUGGGUGUUGGCGUCGAAGGAUUUGGAGAUUUUCACUAGUUUUGAUCAAGUUCCAGAGAAAUAUCACACUGUGAUAAGACCUAAUAUGUUUCCACUGCCGGCUGGUGAAAUAGAAAAAAUUGGAUUGGAAAAAUGUAUGCGCAUUCUUCCUCAUCUACAAGACACAGGUGCUUUCUUUGUCGCAGUUUUACAAAAGAAAAAAAAACUACCCUUUGAAAAAAAUGACGCCGAAGCGCUGGAGAAGCCAAAAGAGAAGGUGGAAUCAACUGAUGGCACUCCAACUGAAGAAGCUAAAUCAGCACCUUGGGGACCUCAACGUAAAAGGCGCCGCCUUCAUGGCUACAAAGAGGAUCCAUAUGUGUUUUUCAAAGAUGAUGAAAAUGUAUUUAAUGAAAUCAAGAGCUUUUAUGAAUUAAAUGAUGCUUUUGAUAGAAAAAGUCUGUUAACAAGGUGUAACAAUGAAAAAAAGAAAAACAUUUACUAUUGUUCAGAGCCAAUACGUGAUUUGGUUUUGCUGAAUGAGGAUUCAGUAAAAAUAAUUAAUACAGGAGUCAAGACAUUUGUACGUUGUGAAAAUCGUUACUCCAGUAACUCGUAUCGUUUGGCUCAGGAAGGUCUACAAACAUCGAAUGCAUUUAUUGGAGAAAGUCGUCGAAUUGAAGUUAGUAAAGAGGAUUUCAUAUUGUUGUUACAAUGCACAGAUCCCACGAAGCCACCUUCAACGACGGAGUUGAGUGAGGAUACACAGAAAAGAGCAAAAGAAUUAGGUGUCGGAUCUUGCAUUCUGAAGUAUGUAGAUAAGCGAUUUACUCUUUUUGUUGUUGGAUGGAGAGGCUCAUCAAGUCUUCGCGCUUAUGUUGAUGUUAACGAAACUGUACAUAUAUUACGGCUUCUUGGAGCUGAUUUGUCCAAAUUUGAAAAAAAUAAAUUCAAAAAAGUUGAGGAUAAUGCUGUUGUUGAGGAGAAAGGAGAAGAAGAUGAUGCUGAUAUUGUAGCAGAUGAAGUAGCAAUCGAAGCAGAUGAAGCUGUAGAAAUGGAAUCAAAGGAUGAAUAACAUCCAUGCACAAAUUAAAUCACAUGUGUUUUUUUAAACUCCAAUAUGAUACAUAUUUAUCAUAAGCAUUUUAUGUUUUGAUUACUUAAAGGAUAUACAUAUUUGAUGAAUGUAUUUUUUUUUUUUGUUACUGUAAAAUAAACUUAAGUUUUUCUUUUACUCUAGAAUUAAAAUG